AUGGCAAGCAAGUCCAUUAAGAAAUAUUUGCUUUUUACUUCUUUUUUUUUCGAUACAGCUCUGUUAUUUUUCCUAUACAGAUUAGAAUUAUAUCGAGGCACAGACAGAGUUUGUUCAAUAGUUGUAUCCACUCUUCGUUCCUGCAAUAAAGUCUGUUAUUUUUUUACCAUACGACGUGUGCAUUCUUUAUCUGGCGCUGCGAACAGGAUCGUUAUACGCCUUCGUGGAAAACAUCUGGAAGUUUAGCUCUACCAGUCCAAUGCCUACCAAUUCGAGCGCUACUGAUGAACCCUCUGCUCAAAGCACCUCCGGUAAUCAAACUGCCGCUAGGAAAUUCAAGAUUAAUCGAAAAUCGUCAUAAAACUCAAUUCCUUAUUAAUUUAAAUUAUAUGUAUAACCAAUCCAAAACUACGUGAAAAUCAACACGCACUGAAUCUACAGAAUUAAAAAGUUAUUUUCUCCUGUAAACGUUUGCAAGGCACUUUUGAGCACAAUACUAUCAAUAUCCAAGAAAGCAUAGUUUCUG